AUGCAGACUGAACUCACAAACAGAUUCCACGAGUUUUGCAUCCGAGGCUGGUGCAUUGUGGGUAAGAAGCAGACGUGCCCUUACUGCAACGAGAAAGUGGAUCUGCAGAUGAUGAUGAAAAACCCGUGGGAGAAGACUCACGUUUUAUACGGUCAGCUCCUGGACUGGCUCCGGUACCUCGUCGCCUGGCAACCUAUCAUUAUCGGUGUGGUCCACGGCAUCAACUUCACCCUCGGUCUGGAAUAG